GAGAAAAGAACAUAAAACAUGUUAUAUGAAAGUUUUAUUUCUGUAAGAAUGUGUAAAGCAUGUUAUAUAUGGAAGGUUUACUAUGUAGAAAGAAUACUGAGAUCAAAGCACGGCUCGACAAAACUGGAAGUAUCAUGACUUAUUAAGAUUCACAUGUAGUUGCCUUUUUUUUUUUUUUUGUUGAAGAUGUCAUCAUCAUUAGAAAAUGGGUUCGUGACCCCCUCGGUCAUAAUAAACUCUUUUACAAUAAGAUCAAUGCCAACAAGGUGCUUUGGACAUUCAACUAUGUCGCCAAACAAACUUCACCUCUAGCUUUGCACUUUGUCCCUCCGCUUGUCCAAGCUUACCUCUAGCUUUGAGCUGGAAUCUGACGAUUCAGAUCGGACGAUCGAUAGUGAUAAGAAUGGAGUCGCUGGAUUGGACGAUGAAAGAUCAAGCUCGAUCCUAUUUCGACGAGGCGCGAUGGCUCCACGAAGAACGAAUUCCAAGCAUGGAGGAGUAUAUGAGUGUUGCAACGGUUUCUAUAUGUUACACCUUCCUUACAACCAUAGCUUUACUUGGCAUGGGAGAUAUUGUAACAAAGGAGUCAUUUGAGUGGUUGCUCAAUGACCCCAAAAUUGUCAGAGCUGCAAACACCAUUCUCAGGCUCAUGGAUGAUAUUGUUUCGACCAACUUUGAGAAAGAAAGAGGGCAUGCUGCUUCCAGUGUUGAUUGCUACAUGAAGCAAUAUGGGGUCUCAGAGCAAGAGACAGUUGAUGUUUUUAAGAAACAGAUUAUGGAUUUGUGGAAGGACAUAAACAAGGAGUUUCUCAGACCAACUGCUGUGCCGAUGCCUGUGCUUAAGCGGGUUCUGAAUUUAACACGAGUGGCUGAUCUUCUUUACAAGGGGGAAGAUGGCUUCACACGUGUUGGGAAGGACAUAAACGAGGAGUUUCUCCGACCAACUGCUGUGCCGAUGCCUGUGCUUAAGCGAGUUCUUAAUUUAACACGAGUGGCUGAUCUUCUUUACAAGGGGGAAGAUGGCUUCACACAUGUUGGGAAGGUCACAAGAGGAAGUGUUGCUUCAGUGUGUAUCAAUCCUGUGCCGCUAUGCGUUGGAUAAGAUGGAUUUGACUGUAAGGUCCUGUGUUGUGCUGUUGUCCAAGUGUUUGAUUUGAUUUUGUCUUGUUUAGGGAAGGAUUUAGUCUUUGUUUUCUAGGAAAGGGCAUCUUGGGGUCGCCAAGUUUGUUUGAACUUUGAAAUAAUGUGUAUUGUUUUGAAAACUUGUUUUGUAACUGAUUUCAGUUUUCAUUUUUUCAUUUUUUUUGUUAUUGCUAUUUUUGUUUUUUUUUUUGUUUUUUUAUAGAGUGCUGCUA